UAUGUUCGUUGACAAAAAAGUUAUAUUUAAAACCGAUUAAAAAAAUGAUAGAGCCAAUAUUAACGGAAGAGGAAUUAACGCAAAAACACAAAAAGGAACGAAAGGAGUUGCAAGCGCAGAUACAAACUUUGAAAAAGUCUAUUUGCAAAGGUGACAAGAAGAAGAAGAAAGAGAUUGCGGAAGAGAUAAGUCACUUAGAAGAAAGCUUAGAGAAACGGCAAACGGAAGAAUUAAAUGCAUGGAAAUUAGCACAUGUAACUCUGAACGAUGAAGAGACUGAGUCUACACAAGUGAGCGAAGAAGUUGAUAAGGGCAACAAUAGCUUGGAACAGUCGACGCACAGAAUUUCCAAGGCACAGAAGAGAAGAGAAAAAAAGGCAAAUGCAGAGAAAGAACGUAAUCAAAGAAUCAUCGAGCAGGAGGCGCUCAACAUCUUUGGCAAGAGAAAUGUCGAAAUGGAAGCCAUAAAGGAAAUUCUUUCCAAGCGAGACUUGAUGAUCUACGAAAUCCCUAGUGAUGGUCACUGUUUAUAUAAUGCAGUGGCACAUCAACUCAAGAUAAAUGGGGAAACACCUCUGAGUUUAGAUGAUCUUAGAACAAAGACUGCUGAUUAUUUGAGAGAAAACAUGAACGAUUUUCUACCAUUUCUUUCAAACCCAGAUUCUGAAAAUUUAUUGACACCCGAAGAAUAUGAAAAAUAUUGCAACGAUGUAGCUGAAACAAGCGCUUGGGGUGGCGCCGUUGAGCUGCAAGUAUUGUCACGUAUUUUGAAGUGCCCAAUCGAAGUCAUACAAGCUACAGGAGCUCCCUACAUUGUCGGAGAUGAUUAUAGCAAUGGUAAAAAGGUAAUGUUGACUUAUCAUCGUCACAUGUACGAGUUGGGCGCCCAUUAUAAUUCCGUUACCAAAUGCGUUCAGGACGAAGAGAGCUGAUGAAAAUUUGCUCUAGGUCUCUAUAUUUGUGUCUUACAACUGUCUUCAAAUUUUAUUAUCAAACGAUUGAAUUAAUCGUGUAUCUCGAUUCACGAGUGUGUGCUUUUACCAGUCAAUAAAUUAAUUUGUCCUAUAGGGAAAAUAACUAUAAAUUUUUAGACGGUAUAAAAUAUUUUUAUCAAUAUAUAAAAUACUAAAAAUGCUGCCAGCAGAGAAUAUUCAAUCUUCCAACGAGAAUCACAUUUUUAAACUUUACAAUUAUUGCGCGAGUGAUUAUUAAUCACAUUAAAGUUUAUAAGAGAGAAAUUCUUCUAAUGUGUAUAGUGACUAUUAAAGGAUUAAACGUAGAAAAUAUAUUACAAAUCUUAUUAUAAAAGCAAAAGUUAUAUUCCAGAUUAAAUUUGCACUGAAAAAUAUUAGUAUUCAGAAUAACUAGAUUUAGUCUUUAUAGUCACACAUACACACAUUGUAGGAAUUUUUUUUCUACAGUCAUUAGUUAAAUGCAAGAUACAUAUCAAUGAAUCAUGAGUAAAAAGUAUUUCCUUGAUCAUUUAACUCAGUUUAAAUUUUUGAUCUGCACAUUUAAGCUAAAUAUGACUGCCAAAUUCUAUAAGAAAUAUCACACAGUAGAUUCCUUAUAUAAUAUAGUUCUUAUAAAAUCAUAUAUAUUUGCAUCAUGUAUUAAUCUUGUAUGUGACUCUUCUAUUAGAUAAAUGAGCUUUAACAGUUACAUUUGGUAUUAAAUGUGCUAUGAAAAUUAGAUAAUAAACUUUUUAAAAUUCUUUAGAUUCGACUGAAUUAUAACUAAAAUAUUUCAGUACAGUUUUGAUGUACAAAACUGAUUUAAAGUUCCUGUGUUCUUAGCAAUUAAAUUUAUAUAGAAUAAUUAUAUAUUUUUCAUAUGUGUGGAUGUCAGACAAUAUAAAAACAUGCUGCCAGCAAAUAUUAUGCAAAUAUUUAUUAAGAUUCAAUGUUCUUCAGUUUCUAAAAGGAUAAUAAAGUAUGUGUCGCUCUUUUUUAUCGCGCAUACUAUUCGUGUUCAUUGCAGUAGCUGUCGCGAAAUAUCGAGCGGCUAUCAAAUCUACGUCUAUAAAGAAGGAAAUUUUACGUUCAGUCGACUUGAAAUAGUAUAAAA